CUCGGCGCGGCGGGCCGGCUCCCGGGCCCGGCCGGCGGGAGGCGGGCGGGAGCGCAGCGGGCGGGCGGGCGCGAGCGGAGCAGGGGCGCACGUACGCCCCAGCGCUGGGAUUUAUCGGCUGGCGAGGAGAGCGGAGCAGGCGCGCGGCCCAGGCGGAGGAGCGCUGACUCUGGAGCAGCCGGAGCUGGAGGAGGAGGAGGAGGAGAGGCGGCGGGAAGGAGGAGGCGGGGGAGCGUCGCUCCCGCUGGGCGAGCAUGGGGCGCCUGGCGCCCAGGCCGCUGCUGCUGGCUCUCCUGGGGCUGGCUCUGUGUCGAGGACGCGUGGUGAGAGUUCCAACGGGGACCCUGGUCCGGGUGGUGGGCACCGAGCUGGCCAUACCCUGCAACGUCAGCGACUAUGAUGGCCCCAGUGAGCAAAACUUUGAUUGGAGCUUCUCAUCUUUGGGGAGCAGCUUUGUGGAGCUCGCAAGCACCUGGGAGGUGGGGUUCCCAGCACAGCUGUACCGGGAGCGGCUGCACAGGGGCGACAUCCUGCUAAGGCGAACUGCCAAUGACGCCGUGGAGCUCCUCAUAAAGAACGUCCAGCCCUCAGACCAAGGCUACUACAAAUGCUCAACCCCUAGCACGGAUGCCACCGUCCAGGGCAACUACGAGGACACAGUGCAGGUUAAAGUGCUGGCCGACGCCCUGCACGUGGGCCCCAGUGCGCAGCCCCCACCGAGCCUGAGCCUGCGAGAGGGGGAGCCGUUCGAGCUGCGCUGCCACGCAGCCUCCGCGUCGCCGUCGCACACGCACCUGGCUCUGCAGUGGGAGCUGCACCGUGGUCCUGCGCGUCGCAGUGUCGUCACCCUGACGCACGAAGGCAGGUUCCACCCGGGCCCCGGGUACGAGCAGCGCUACCACAGCGGGGACGUGCGCCUCGACACGGUGGGGAGCGACGCCUACCGCCUCUCCGUGUCCCGGGCCCUGUCCGCCGACCAGGGCUCCUACAGAUGCAUCGUCAGUGAGUGGAUCGCAGAGCAGGGCAACUGGCAGGAAAUCCAAGAAAAGGCCGUGGAAGUCGCCACCCUGGUGAUCCAGCCAACAGUUCUGCGAGCAGCUGUGCCCAGGAAUGUCUCUGUGGUGGAAGGAAAGGAACUGGACCUGACUUGCAACAUCACAACAGACCGGACGGAUGACAUCCGACCCGAGGUGACCUGGUACUUCAGCAGGGUGUCUGAUAGCACCUUGCCCGGCUCCCGCGUGUUGGCACGGCUGGACCGUGACUCCCUGGUGCACAGCUCACCUCACAUUGCUCUGAGUCACAUGGACGCACGCUCCUACCACUUACUGGUUCGAGAUGUUAGCAAAGAAAACUCCGGCUUCUAUUUCUGCCACGUGUCACUCUGGGUACCCGGACACAACAGGAGCUGGCACAAAGUAGCAGAGGCCAUGUCUGCCCCAGCCAGUGUGGGCGUGACCUGGCUAGAACCAGACUACCAGGUGUACCUGAAUGCUUCCAAGGUCCCCGGGUUUGCAGACGACCCCACGGAGCUGGAAUGCCGGGUGGUGGACGCGAAGGGUGCACAGGCAGGCGUCCGCUUCACCGUUUCCUGGUACUACAGGAUGAACCGGCGCAGUGACGACGUGGUGACCAGCGAGCUUCUUGCAGUCAUGGAUGGGGACUGGACGCUGAAAUACGGGGAGAGGAGCAGGCAGCGGGCCCAGGAUGGAGAGUUUCUUUUCUCGAAGGAGCACAGAGACACAUUCAAUUUCCGGAUUCAAAGGACUACAGAGGAAGACAGAGGCAGUUAUUACUGUGUCGUGUCUGCCUGGACCAAGCAGCGCAACAGCAGCUGGGUGAAGAGCAAGGACGUCUUCUCCAAGCCCGUCAACGUAUUUUGGGCAUCAGAAGAUUCCGUGCUUGUGGUGAAAGCCAGGCAGCCAAAGCCCUUCUUUGCUGCAGGAAAUACAUUUGAGAUGACUUGCAAAGUGUCUUCCAAGAAUAUUAAAUCACCACGCUACUCUGUUCUCAUCACGGCCGAGAAGCCCGUCGGGGACCUCUCCAGUCCCAAUGAAACCAAGUACAUCAUCUCCCUGGACCAGGACUCUGUGGUGAAACUGGAGAAUUGGACAGACGCAUCGCGGGUGGAUGGUGUUGUGUUAGAAAAAGUGCAGGAGGAUGAAUUUCGCUACCGAAUGUACCAGACUCAGGUGUCAGAUGCCGGGCUGUACCGCUGCAUGGUGACGGCAUGGUCUCCUGUCAGGGGCAGCCUGUGGCGAGAAGCAGCAACCAGCCUCUCCAAUCCCAUUGAGAUAGACUUCCAAACCUCAGGUCCUAUAUUUAAUGCCUCUGUGCACUCAGACACACCGUCAGUCAUCCGGGGAGAUCUCAUCAAGUUGUUCUGUAUCGUCACUGUUGAAGGAGCAGCUCUGGAUCCAGACGACAUGGCCUUUGAUGUGUCCUGGUUUGCUGUGCAUUCCUUCGGCCUGGACAAGGCUCCUGUCCUCCUGUCUUCGCUGGAUCGGAAGGGGAUUGUGACCACAGCCCAGAGGGACUGGAAGAGUGACCUCAGCCUGGAGCGUGUGAGUGUGCUGGAGUUUCUGCUGCAAGUGCACGGCUCAGAGGACCAGGACUUUGGCAACUACUACUGUUCUGUGACUCCCUGGGUGAAGUCACCAACAGGUUCCUGGCAGAAGGAGGCAGAGAUCCACUCCAAGCCCAUCUUUAUAACUGUGAAGAUGGAUGUGCUGGACGCCUUCAAGUACCCCCUGUUGAUCGGCGUUGGUCUGUCCACUGUCAUCGGGCUGCUGUCCUGCCUCAUUGGGUACUGCAGCUCCCACUGGUGCUGUAAGAAGGAGGUUCAGGAGACCAGGCGUGAGCGCCGCCGGCUCAUGUCGAUGGAGAUGGACUAGGCUGGCCCAGGAAGGGAGUGACGGAGUGACCGAGGAACGCUCCAGGAACAAUUGGGGCGAGAAGAGGACAGUGAUAUUCUAAAGCAAAGUGUGUUACACUAAAAACCAGUCCUCUCUAAUCUCAGGUGGGACUUGGCGCGCUCCCUUUUCUGCAUGUCAAGUUCUGAGCGCGGACACGUUUACCAGCACACAGCUCUUCUUCCCACGGCACUUUCUGAUGUAACAAUCGAGUGUGUGUUUUCCCAACUGCAGCUUUUUAAUGGUUAACCUUUGUCUAAUUUUUUUCUCCUGCCAGUUUAUAGAUCCUCUGACUUGUGUGUGUUUAUAGCUUUGUUUCGAGGAGUUGUGGUGAGGAAGGGGGUGACGGCGUUCGGGGUUCUGUAUCUUGGGCGAGGAUGUGCCUGCCCGGGUGAGAGCCGGCUUCCAGGACAGAGGCGUGUGUGAGAGACUGCUGCUAACAGCGACCCUCCACCCCAGCCGGGAGACAACACAGGCCUAUGCCAAGGCUGAUUUGUGGCUUUUACUUUUCUGCCCCACCCCUAUUUUCAGGGGUUUAGACUACAUUUGAAAUCUAAACUUGGAGCAUAUAACUUCUAUUGAGCCCAAUGCUUUUUUUCUUUUCUUUUCCUUUAUUUUAUUUUAUUUUUUUU